AUGGCGAAGAAGCAGAAGCGGACAAAAAAGUUUGCGCGCAAGCAUCUCGCCAAGGAGAUCGAGAAGCGCCGUCGCUAUAAGGUCAUCAAGCAGCAGCGGACCAAGCGCACUGGCGGCGGCUCCAGUAAUCCCGAGGAUGAAGUCGAGAUUCAAAAAGCUGAAGCGCUCGGGAUUGCCAAGCUUCCGCUGCAGCAACCGACAAAGGAAAAGAAGCGACUGGAAGACCUAGGCGUGGAUGAGCUGCUGGGCAUGGAUGACUUCGAGGACCUAGCUGGUGACGGCGAAGGGGGGGACGGCGUGGAGGAGGACGAAGUGGAGGAGGAGGAGGAGGAGGAGGAGGAGGAUGAGGAGGAGGAUGAGGAGGAGGAGGAAGAGGAGGAGGAGGAAGAGGAGGAGGAUGAGGAGGAAGACGAGGAGGAGGAGGAGGUAGGAAAGGGAGGAGGAUCGAAGCGUGCCAAGAAAGCCAAGGGGGACGAGGAGGAGGAGGAGGAGGAGGAGGAUGAAGAAGAUGAUGAUGCAGGGGUAGGUGAAGAUGCGGAGGUGGAUGAGGAGGCGUUGGAAGGAGAGGAGGGGUUUGAGGAGAUCUCCCUCGCGCGAAUUGGCAUGGCAGAGGACGAUGAAGACGAGGACGACGAGGAGGAAGAGGAGGAGGAAGCGGCGGAGGGAGCCGAGGGGGCGGAGGGGGCGGAGGCGGGGGAGAAAGAGGGAGGGAAAGCGAAGGAAGGGGGGGAGAAAGAGAAGGGGAAGGCGGCGAAGAAGCGGAAGAGCCACCAGCAGCAGCUGGAGGCUCUCAAGAAGAAGGCGGCGAUGGACGGCGGAUCGCAGGGCGCGAUGAAGAAGCUGAUGCAGGCGUUCCACUCGGCGUGCCACGACGCUGAGAGCUUCACUGGGGUCGUGCGGAGAUCCAGCGGGGGAAAGGGCGGGAGCGGAGGAGGCGGGGGGAAGAAGAAGAAGGGGGGAGAUGAGGAGGAGGACGAGGAGGGGGACGAGGGCGAGGAGGGGUUUGGGUUUACGGCGGAAGGGAAGAUGAAGCAGAGAGAGCGCAAGCCGCAGUACCGGCUGGCGAGCGCGAAUGUUUUCAACCGUGUGAUUCUCUUCGCGUUCAAAGAGACGGACAGGAUCGUCCGGAUCCUGCUCAGCGACAUAUCCGAGGGCAAGGGCCGGCAGAAGAAGAAAGGCGGGCAGGGCGAAGGAGAUGGGGAGGAGAAUGGGGGGGAUGGCAGCGGUGGUGACAACAAAUUUGCAGGGAGGCUGGGGAAGAAGAAGCUGCGAUCCUUCCUGCGGAAGCAGGCGAGGAGGGGCAACGAAGCCGACGCGUGGGGGCGAGGUAGCGCGGGAGUAGACUCCAUGGAAAAGCCGUGGGAGUCCAGUCCCCGCUGGUCUAAAGUCAGCCAGAUCGUCCGAAACUACCUCUCCACGGCUGUCCAUCUCCUCUCCACUAUGGCUGAUUCUCGCCUGCUCACCUUCGCUCUGCGCUGCCUGAAACCGUCCGUGCCGCUCCUCGCAAGCUUUCCAAUCAUCGGGAAGAAGCUCGUGAGAAUUGCGAUUCACCACUGGGGGUCCGGGGAGGGGUCUCUGCCUCUCGCUGCGCUCGUGGUCCUCCGGGAGAUUGCGCUGUUUCUGCCGUCGGAUUGGGUCGAGGCGAUCGUGAGGCAGGCGUACCGGGAGUUUGCGGCGCAGUGCAAGUUUGUGUCGCCGUCCUCGCUGCCCCGGAUUGCGUUUCUGUGCGCGGGAGUGGCGGAGCUGGCGCUCACGGACCCUGCUGCUGUGUACCCACACGCGUUUGUGUCGAUCCGGCAGCUGGCUCUGCUGCUCAGAGGGGCCCUCAGCAUGAAGACCAAGGACGCGUAUCUCAAGGUCUAUUGCUGGCAGUACAUCAACUGCCUGCACCUCUGGACGCGCGUGCUCUGCGUGCAAGCAGCAGCGCACCAGCACCCGCACCACUCCCCCUCCCCUUCCUCCUCCGCCUCCACCUCAUCCGUGGCAGUGGCAGCAGCAGCCACUCCUCUAGACGCAGCGUCACACGGCAGUCGCUCCCCGCUGCUGGCGCUGGUGUAUCCACUCGCGCAGAUCAUUGCAGGGGUCGCUCGCCUUGUGCCCACUGCUCGCUACCUCCCGCUGCGUUUCCAGUGCACGCGCAUGCUCUCCCUGCUCUCUUCUGCUACUGGUCACUACGUGCCAGUGGCGCCAGUGCUGGUGGACGUGCUACAGAUCAAGGAGCUGCACCACGCUCCCUCGGGAGCCAACGUGCAGAGCAUCAACCUCGCCACCUCGCUCAAGGUUCCCAAGCAAGUUGUCCGCUCGAAAACAUUUCAGGAGGCGGUGGUGGAGGAGGUGGUGCUGCAGCUGGCGCUCUUCGCCUCGCAGUGGAGCCUCUCCAUCGCCUUCCCCGAGCUGCUGCUGCUGCCGCUCACCCACCUGCGCUCCUUCCACAAGCACUGCCGUGUGGACCGCUUUAGGAGGCAGAUCAAGGGGUUGAUUGACCAGAUCGAGCGCAAUGCAGAGCUGGUGGAGAGGGCAAGGGACAAAGUGUCGUACGGCCCGAGAGACAUCGCCCAGGCUGCCUCGUUUCUCCAGGAGGAGAGGGCCAAGGGAAACAACGCUCUGGUGCGGUAUGCCAGUGAGAUGCAGCGACAGGUGGAGACCAAGCGACAGAAGCUAGAACCCGCAGAGCUGGUGUUUAAGGAUGAGGAUGAUGAUUCAGGCAAGAAGGGAAAGCGCGCUGCUGACAGUGACGACGAGGAUGAGGAUGGUGAUGGGGAUGAUGAUGACUUUGGGAGUGACGAGGAGGGUGGGGAUGGGGACGGGAGUGAGGGCGAGGAGGGAGAAGAGGGAGCGGAGGAAGGGGAGGAGGAGGAGGAGCAGGAGCGUGCCAAGGCGUGUAAGAAGCGCGCUCGAGAAACUGCUGCUGGAGGGGCUGAGAAGGGCAAGGAGGGUAAGGCAGGGAAGGCGGGCAAGGGUGCUGCUAACGGGGCUGCUUUCGACGAGGAUGGGAUGGAUGAGGAUGUGGUGAAGGACUUGGAGCUUUCAGAGAGUGAGAGUGAGGAUGAGAUGGGGGGAGGGGAGGAGGAUGAGGACGGGGAGAUGGGAGAUGACUUUGGAGAGGGCUUUAGUGAUGACGAGGAGGAGGAGGAGGAGGAGGAGGAUGAGGAGGAGGAGGGGGAUAUGGAUGGGGAGGAGGUGGAGGAUGAGGAUUUGGAUGCUAUGGGAUUUGUGCUGUUGCUUGUGGAGAUCAUUUUGCGGGCUAUUGUUGGUGGGCACUCUCAUUAUUGA